AUGUAUCCUAGCGCGGGCGCAAUGAACGCUGCCGCCGCCGCUGCUGCCGUGGCGGCUGCCAGGCAUCCGGGACCGCCGCAGCCGGGCCAACCAAUUAAGUUCACGGUGGGUGAAUCUUGUGACAGAAUAAAAGAAGAAUUCAACUUUCUACAAGCUCAAUAUCAUAAUUUAAAAUUAGAAUGUGAAAAACUGGCCAGUGAGAAAAUUGAAAUACAAAGGCAUUAUGUUAUGUACUAUGAAAUGUCAUAUGGGCUCAAUGUGGAAAUGCAUAAACAGGUAUGUUUAUUUAUAAUUAAGCAAGUUAUUCAGUUUCUAUGUUAG